AUGCUGUCAUUCAGCUUCAUUGCAGCCUUCCUCGCUGUCCAUAUUUUGCCGAUUCCUUUCGCCCGAGGUCAAUUCGUAGCUGACCUUCCUCAAUGUAUACAGGAUUGUAUAGACCAGUCUCCCGAUACCAAUUGCGAUAUUACCAACAUUGGAUGCAUUUGUCGAGCUUCAGCAGGGAACUUCCUACCAGAUGUUGUUACCUGUAUGCAUGGCAAUUGUGACAACAAUCUCGACACGAAUCUUCUUCUCACACCUUUGCAAUUCGCAUGUAUGAUUGCUGGCUCUCCAAUUCCGGCGUCUGCUAUUAGAAAUGCUGAGAAUGCUGCCAGCAGCUUGGCUACGCAGGUCACCACAACUGUAACGAUGGGUGGCAGCUCAGCGGAUGGGGGAGCCGGGGUUACCACAACGGUCUUUGCACCAGUAGUCUCUGUCUCAACAGUGACGGUCACUACGACUCAGUCUGGGAGGACUUGGUACCAAAUUUAUCCCAUCACGGUGGGAAGUACGACCACUGUUACUGGACCAACGUCAACUCUCACUUCCAUAUCUUCUGCCAGUCAAGCGAACGGAGGUUUCACUGGAGUUAUCCCUGUGGUCAUCGUUUCCACAGAUAGCCAGGGCUCGACUUACACAAGUACGACAACCCAGCCUGGUGCAAUCAGCACUUACACGACUACCGACUCGAGGGGAAGCACAACGACGCAAGAAUCUACCUUCACGGAAACUGCCAGUGCUUCACAGACAUCUUCGGCUUCGGAUGAAGGCUCAAACUCCUCGUCCUCAUCGGAAACAACAGUGUCUGCUGAAAGCACCACAACCACGAGUGUAGCUGCUGCAAUGACAAGCUCAAGUGCAACGACUCUGAGCACAACUCGGAAUGCCCCAAAUCCAGAUUCGACGAACAGCUCUCCUUUCAAGGAUACGAAUGCAGCGGGUGCAUUGGCAGCUCGAAGCUGGCUUGGUUUGAGCGUUCUGUUGGUUGUGAUGUGUAUAUGGAUUUGA